AUGUCCAUCAUCUUGGUCUGGAAAACGUCGUCCACGGCCUCCACAGAAACACCUGUUCCCGAUUGGGGCAUCGCAAACACGUCCACCACGUGGAUUGUGAAAUCGUCAAUGAAAUCUCCCAGCAUGAGACCCAUCACUUCCAUAGGAACACCUGCACGGCCGUGCUUCAGCAUCUUGAGCAACGCCAACGACGAGAUAUACACGGUUUCCGCAUUGUCGAUGGCCGGCUGGUCGCCCUGCUGA